AUUCUUGGGCUAUUUGGUAGCCUACUUCUACAGAUUUAAGUAAUCAAAAGAGUUUUACUAAAAGAAUUGGAGAAAUGCUUUUGUAGUGAUUUAUUUUGAAAAUAAAAUAAAACUAAUAAUUCAGUAUAUUCCAUUCCUACCACCAUCUCUAUGAUGUCCAUGAAUAAUUUUGUAGAAUAGGUUAACAUUGGCGCUGUCGCGUUUGACAUAAGUGAUUCAGUAGCGUCAGAUUUGCCUGAAAUGAAAUCAACUUGAAUUUUUUAUCCACGCCUGUUCGCAGUAAUCUCAACUAGGCAGUCAUACCACUGCUAUGCCAUCAGUGUAUGUUUUCUUCACAGUACAGAUUGCACUAUCUUAACAUACAUUAUAGAUAAUCCUGUCCGCCUUUCAAAGGAGAGAAUCAGUGAUGUUCCUAACGCAAGAAAAAUUAUUGAACAUAGUUGAUUCACUGCUGCUAUUUCAUAGCUUGUAAUUGUAUAAUUCACUGUUAUUAAAAAUCUACUGCCUGUUCCACGUGUUUACACAUCCCUUGUUUACAACCAUUUUACAUCCAUUUUCUUCCUUACUUGUGCAGUUAAAUAUUUGAAGGUAUACGUUGAAAACAAAAUCAAAACAAAAUACAAAUUUUCAAAAGAUUUUUGUAUAUUUAUGAGGGAAUAGAAUCUUUAGUUCUUUUUUUUCCUUUAGCAUUGUUAUUCUUUGUUUUGCUUACCUGCUACUCCCCCUUCCAGCCGUACAUAAACUACUAAAUUCUGGACUGAAUUGGUUAUAUUUAUGUAUGGACCUAAUGGUAUCGAUAAGUGUGUCUAAGUUUCUUACAUGGUUUAUAUUUAUGUAAAUACAUAUUAUUUUGCACCUUUAAAAAGUAUGUUUGCUAACAGAUUCAAUAGAUAAAUUGUAUCUCAAUGAAUGGGUGGAUUAUGGAUUUAUGCGGGGAAGCUCCUGUGCCCGGUCGUCACAUGGGUGAUAUAUGUGCAUUAUACUAUUCUAUAGCUGCACCUUUCAAAGCAGGAAAUAGAAGUAAAUAUCAUAAUGAACUGAUUGAACAGUGUUAUUCUCGAGCUGUUCGAGCCGGCUUAGUUACAUGCCGCUGGCAAAAAUCUUCAUCUAUAGAAGAAACACUAAUUAACACUCCUAAACCUGAAGUGAUUGAAGACCCUUUAGAGGGUGAAAUCAAAUCAUUUUUAGUAAAUUUGGUUGGUGCUUCAAAAGCUACCGAGUUACUUGGUAAUGGAUUGCUAUCUUCACCACAGUCUAUCGAAAAACCAAUUAUCCUUCAUUCUCCUGAAAAAUCUACACAAAAUGUUUCUCCCUCGUCUCCAAUCGAAGGUUCAUCAGCUUUUGUUAGACUAGACAAUGACUUGAGUCCAACCACAAUGCCUACAACAAAUGACUCUCAGACAAGCAGCUCCGAAGUAUCCUCGCAAAAUGACAGUGAUUCAGUAUGUCAAGGAAAAGGUAAAGGACACAGUCUCCCCAGUGGUGCAUAUUAUGACCAUGAAGAGUUUUUAUCAUUUCUAAAUAUGACCAGUGAUCAGUUACUUCAAGAAAAAGAGACAGAAUUAUCCUAUUUACAAAAUAUAAACGAAGAACUCCAUGAACAGAUUGACAUUACAGAAGCACGUUCAAGGUCUGUCCUUUACAAUAUGGACUUACUUAAACCUAGUGAAGGAUUCCCCCAGAUAUCUUACCGGUGGACAAAAACUGAUUUGGCAUUCGUAUUAACAGCUAUGUCUAAAUAUGGACAUGAUUUUGCCACAAUUGCCCAGAGUGUCGGUACAAAAUCAGAGAGUUUUAUACGUGACUUUUACAACAGAUUUCGUGACCGUUUCACACUGGACAGUAUAAUAAAAUCAUCCGAUCAUACGGAGGAACAUUUGACUCAGAAUCCUAAAGUAGACGAGGAUAGUAUUUGCCAAGAUCCUUUGGUUGUUCUUACACAAGAUCAUUUAGAUAUGACCAAAAUAUUAACAGAUGGGACUUGUGUAAAAGUCAGUCAGUUAGCUGAAGAAAUGCCGUCACAUCAAAAUGAAAAUGUGAAGAUUGAAUACGAGGAACUGAAUCAUUUAACAGCACAAUCGCAAAGUAUUUCGGACAGUCAGACUACGGAAGAUAACCUGCGUUUAUCACCAAGACGACAUUCAAUACCAAUUAAACUUAUUGAUUCCAGUGUCUUAAUACACACACCUAUCAGUGAAUCCUCACAAAUUUCUACAACACCAUCCUCCAGCAGUGGUAGAGAAAGACUACGAGCGAAACGUUUAAAACGCAGUUAGCUUUAAAUAGAAAUAUUUGUUUCUUUCUUUCUUUCUUUUAAACUUCUUCCCGCUUAUAGUGCAAUGCUUGUAUGAAUGAAAACAUUUAUGAUUAUGUUCAAUUCAGAAACUGUAUGAACAAAUAAUGUACCAAUGCUGUAUAUCUUCUAAUCUUCUAAUGUAAUCAGUGAUCUAUACUACUUUGUUUUAUGAAAUAAAUUUGGAAAGUUCACAAUACUUUUUAGCAAGGCCUCUGUGAUAUAACUGACCUAUGUUAAUAGGAAAGAAUCAGUACUUGCAAGUACUAAUAACUGCACUGAAUCAGUUUAGUUUCUAUUCGUGGUGUAAAUGCAUACGAGUAUCGUGUAAAUUUGAGUUGACAUGAUGAAAUGUCAGUACAAUUCGAAAUAUUUUUAAGGUAAGAAACCUAACCUUACUUCAGUGUGGUGGCAUUGGCAUAUCCAUCCUACUGAUUAUCAAAAUUCUCUGUGAUGUUAAUUCACUAUGGAUGAGCAAGAUUGACUUUUAAAUUAAUCUAGGUCUCGUUAAAUGAUCGACGCUGUAUAAAUAAGAAAGCUGAAGAGUGAGGUAAUCUACCUUCAUUUCUGACCACAAAUGUAGAGUAUCAUUAUACUAUCGCAUACUUUCCAGACCAGCAUAAAUGGAAGUCUUAGCGUUCGAGGUUGACUUCAAAGUUCAGCUGACUAAUUUGCUAAUUAACUGACUGAAUCCCAAUAUAGAACUCUGUAUAGAAGUGCAGCAACACCUGCCACACUCU